GGUACCCGGGUCGGAGUGAUUUGGGCCAUGAAGCUGCUGAGCAGAACCGGGGCCCUCUCGAGAUUUUAUUCUCUCAAAGUUGCUCCCAAAGCAAAAGCCGCGGCCGCCCCUGCCAAAGCGCCUCUGCAGCCUCAGGACCUCGAGUUCACCAGAUUACCCAGUGGUUUAGUGAUCGCUUCUCUGGAAAACUAUGCUCCUACAGCAAGAAUCGGCCUGUUCAUUAAGGCUGGCAGUAGAUAUGAGGACUCUAACAAUUUGGGGACUUCUCAUUUGCUUCGUCUCGCAUCCAGUUUGAGUACAAAAGGAGCUUCAUCUUUUAAGAUAACCCGCGGAAUUGAAGCAGUUGGUGGUAAAUUAAGUGUGACGUCAACAAGGGACAACAUGGCCUACACCGGGGAGGGCCUGCGGGAUGACAUUGAAAUUCUCAUGGAGUUCCUGCUCAAUGUCGCCACCGCACCAGAAUUCCGGCGUUGGGAGGUAGCCGCCCUGCAGUCUCAGCUCAGGAUUGACAAAGCCGUGGCUUUUCAGAAUCCUCAGGCUCGUGUCAUUGAAAAUUUGCAUGCCGCAGCUUACCGCAAUGCCUUGGCUAAUCCCUUGUAUUGUCCUGAUUAUAGGAUUGGAAAAGUGACACCAGAUGAGUUACAUCACUUCGUUCAGAAUAAUUUCACAAGUGCAAGAAUGGCUUUGAUCGGACUUGGUGUGAGUCACCCUGUUCUAAAGCAAGUCGCUGAACGGUUUCUGAACAUAAGGGGCGGCGUCGGUGUAGCUGGCGCAAAGGCCAAAUACCGCGGAGGUGAAAUUCGAGAACAGAAUGGAGACAGUCUCGUCCACGCAGCUUUAGUAGCAGAAAGUGCUGCCGCAGGGAGUGCAGAAGCGAACGCGUUUAGUGUCCUCCAGCAUGUCCUCGGUGCUGGCCCGUAUGUCAAGAGGGGCAGCAAUACCACCAGCCCUCUGUACCAAGCCGUUGCCAAGGGAAUCCACCAGCCGUUCGACGUGUCCGCUUUUAAUGCCAGUUACUCGGAUUCCGGACUGUUUGGGAUUUACACUAUCUCGCAGGCUGCAUCUGCCGGAGAUGUGAUCAAGGCUGCCUACAGCCAAGUGAAAACAAUCGCUCAAGGAAACCUCCCCAGUGCAAAUGUCCAGGCAGCCAAGAACAAGCUGAAAGCUGGGUACCUGAUGUCAGUGGAGUCCUCUGACGGUUUCCUGGAUGAGAUCGGGUCCCAGGCUCUCGUCGCUGGUUCCUACAUGCCACCAUCCGCGGUCCUUCAGCAGAUUGACUCUGUAGCUGACGCUGAUGUCAUAAGUGCUGCAAAGAAGUUUGUUUCUGGCCAGAAGUCAAUGGCAGCGAGUGGAAAUCUGGGACAUACACCCUUUGUCGAUGAGUUGUAACCCUGAAAACACAUUGCAGGAGAGAGCUGGACAUUUUCUCAACCCAAAGCAGCAAACACGUGCAAGUCAGAAGUCUCUAAUAUAACAUUUGUCUUUUUUUUUUAAUGAGAAUGAAAUAUCUUAAAAAGUAUAAAUGCAGGUAAUUGUCCCAGCUAACUUAAACUCAAUAAAAUAUCCUAUUUAAA